GGACUUUCUUGUUACGGACAAUUUAAAUUUGCCUACGAGCCGUUUGUUAAUUGACGAGAAAUUGUCGACCGAUUUUGAAAUUUUGAGCCGGUCGCGAUCGACAUCCGGAAAAUUUUGUACGUGAAAUUUGCGAACGGGAUUUGUCACGUGAUCGGCGCGGUUGCCUGGCAACCGGUUAGUUUAUAAAUACAAACUUGCGACGGUUAUGGCAGAAUUGCAUGUUAUUGGUGAAAUUUCGCAUGGCAGAGGAUUUCCGAAACAGAGCUUGUUUUGCAAGUGGAAUUUGCAGUUUGGAAACAACUGGAAAUUAGUAUCGGGAAAGCAGGAAGGACAAACUCACGUCAUAUCAUCGGAGUUCGACGGUGAUUGCAAGUGGUGUUUUCCCAUCGACGUUCACCUGGCGACGAAAGGAAUUCAGGGUUGGCCUAAAAUCUACAUACAAAUCUUUCACCUGGACUGGUUGGGUCGAAGCCACCUCUUCGGUUACGGUUUCGUCCUGAUACCGACAACUCCCGGCCAGCACACCGUCGAAUGCUACACCUGGAGACCGUUCGGUACUUUACGUCAGCGAUUCGUACAGUUUUUUCUUGGAGGCGGGCCGCAGCUCAAAAAUCCCGACGCGAUUGUGUCUGCGAACGACCGAGACAAGUUGAGCACGGAAGCUAUGGGUACCGUUCAGUUUAAGCUCAACGUGAUAUUUAGACAUUUUUCCAAGUUUGGUGUUGAGUAUUGAAGCGAUGAUUUUAUUUCUGUUAAUGGUGUUGCAUUA